UCUGGCGGAUACUUGGUCUGUUAGGCAGAAAAUAAUAUUUUAUGUCAAAUUAUGUAUAAUUUUUAAUUUUUCAGCUUGUUAUGAAUGUUUAAAUAUAACAUACGCAUUCCCCUUUUGUAUUUGUUGCGAUUUUUUACUUUUAAUUUUUUAGUAAAAAAUUAAAAGUACAUACUGAGAAGGUGACUCUGCAAAAAAUUUGGUUGUAGUGGGGCAUUAAUGCUAAUUUUAUGCAUGCGUGAGGUGACAUGCAAUAAUAGAUUGAAGCCGUAUUGAAUGAACACUGCACUUCACGUGAACUUUUUGUAAGGAAUCAAGUUUAGUCCUUAUAAGGCUGCAUUUGUGAAUGACCAAAACACAAAUUGAAAUACUCACCUUGAAUUUCAUAAAUUCAGGCAUACCCUAAAGAUUUGAGUGGUUUUGUGCGAGAGGAGGCAAUUUGUGUUGAAUUUCAGCCCGAAAAGAUGGAAUUCGUGAGAUACAUAUAUGUGAGAUACAACGGAGUCGUCGAUGGUAUACACUAUGUUGGCGGGGCUACGGAGGUCCUUCCCCUCUUAAAUGAAACAGUUGCGAGCCUGAUAUACAGCAUCAACAAUGUGCUGACAAUGCAUUCGUUGAGCCCGAACUAUCAAUUGUAUUAUUUGGCGACCAAUCGAUUUGGAAGGGAGACGAAAUGCGUAAUAAGUGACGACGAUGAUGUGCAAGGCUUGUUGGAAACUGCCGAAUAUCCCAUGGUGUACGUUGAGCACAACAACGACCCGGUCGAAGAAGCGUACAUCCCUACUUUUGAUUUUGGCCAGGCUUCGGGAUACGGAGAUGAUGAAGCACAAUCUAGUCAGUAUGAGACGUCGUAUCAUGCUCGCGAGAGCGCGCCUCCAACACAGUACUUUUCAUGGGAUGGGCAACUGUUGGACGAAUCCGCAUGGAAUCUGAAUGAAAUGUGCGGGAGAUUCAACCAGGUGCGGACGGAUGACGAUUCUGAUGAAGAAGCCGUACAACCUGAAGACGAAGCCGAAGAACCUGAUGACGAUUCUGAUGAAGAAGACAAAGAAUACGAUCCAACGAACGAGUCGGGCACAGAUUCUGCCGCCUCUGAGGAUUUAUUAGACGAUGAUCUGAUAGAGUUCACGGCGACCGAGCGAGCAGGUUGGAUCCGACAAAGUAGAACCCGUCACGGAAAUCCGACGGACUCGACCGGUGAACUAUCUAAUUGGAUAGUUCCGUUGAUUCCAGUGGACGCCACGACUUCGCUCGUUGCUCGCGAGAGUGAGCUGUCCAGAGUUGCUGAUUUGGGGAAGAACUCUUUUUACAACAGUAAAGAAGAAUUGGUCCUUGCUGUUGGCUUCUGGAAUAUGAAGCAAGGGGCUGAGGCAAAAGUUGUACGCUCAGAUCAGGGACGCCUCUAUUACAAGUGCAAGCACUCUGAUAAGUGCAAGUUCGAUGUGCGUGCAUCUUGUCACGGCGGAGGGAUGUGGGGAGUGCAUAAGUUUAAAGAGCACUCUUGCGAAGGGGAGUUGGGCAUUUUGAAACGAAUAAAGGCACAUUCGAAUGUGGUUGCAGCUUAUGUGGAAAAAAGAAUACGCGAUGACGGAGAGGUCAUUAAGCCGAAAUCUAUUAUGUCGGAGUUGUUACGUGAAUUUGGCGUCAGAAUCAAAUAUGAUGUCGCGCUGCGUGCAAGAAAUCUCAGCUUAGAGAAGAUAUACGGUCGAAUUGAUGAUUCGUUCCUUCUUCUGCCCAAAUAUUUGUAUGCCCUAACUCAAGCGAAUCCAGGCACCGUGAUGGAUUUCGAAGUAGACGAAAACAACCGGUUCAAACAUCUGUUUCUUGCUCUUGCGGCUUCCAUCACACCUUUCUUCUUUUCGCUUCGGCCAGUGAUUGUGGUCGACGGCACACACUUGAAGGGGAAGAACAAUGGCAUUUUGUUCGUCGCCGUGACAAAAGACGCAAACGAGCAAGUUUUUCCGUUGGCAUUUGGUGUCGGGCCGAUCGAGAAUGAUGAGUCAUGGAAGUGGUUCCUCUCAAAUGUGAGACAAACUUUUGAGCGAGUUACCAAAUGCUACUCACGUGCAAUGUCGGCUAUGGCUCAAUUGAAGCCGGCGGCGUACGGGAAGUUGAUGCGCGUAGGCCCUGAGAAGUGGGCACGAUCACAAAGUCCGGUGACCCGUUAUAGUUUUCUUACAUCUAAUGCUGCCGAGGCUUUGAAUGCCCGUUUGUUGUGGGCCAGACGCCUUCCUAUAUGCUCCAUGCUGGAGGCAAUCAGGAUGGUUCUGGAGCAGUGGUUCAAUGACAGACUUGCGUCUGCGGAAGAGAGCGAUGACCUUCUUACUCCAGAGGCAAAACAGAAGAUAAGUGCGGAGAUCUCAAAGAGUCGUCGCUACACUGCGAAGAGGACCUCCGAGAGAAAAUACAGGGUUCGUGCUGGUGAUCGUCGCUUCAUGGUUGACCUUCAAGCGAAGAGCUGUGAAUGCAAUGAAUUCGACCUGGACGGCAUGCCGUGUUCUCAUGCGAUCGCAGCCAUUACUGAGGCGAAAGAGCCAGUGGAAGAUUACGUGGAAGCUUACUACUUGCGGAGUUCACUGGUUCAAACAUACUCCGGAGCAGUAAAUCACUUGCCUCCCUUAGAGCACUGGGAAAUUCCGUUUGAAGUUGCAUCUGAUAUUGUUUUGCCAAACCUUUCUCGGCGACAAGCUGGUCGACCAAGAGAAUCUAGAAUUCCUUCAGCUGGUGAGAGGCCGACUCAAAGGACCACAACAGCGGAUGCAUCAAGUAGUCUGGGAAAACGAGCACCCAAAACCUGUGGUCUAUGUGGCUCGCCUGGCCACACACGUAGAGCAUGCAAGGGUACGGGCUGGGAGCAGUAGCUUAAUUACCUUUUAAAUUAAAUUUUGAUGGAUAUUGUUGUUGGGAGUAUUGGAUACUGAUUGAAUAUUCAGUAGAGCUAGUUCAUUCCAGUAAGUGAUGUUCUGAAGUUGGGAGUAUUGGAUACUGAUUGAAUAAAUUUCGAAGCGGUUUCAUUUGCAUAAUAUCGAUGA